GAGACGGGGUCGACUGAGAAACGCUCAGUAGUCAGGCAGACGUAAUCAUGGUUCCAUUCAAACAAGUUGUGCUUUUGUGCUCCGCAAUCCUUGCUGUCGCCACUGCUACGACCGUGGAACAGUGCCCUGACAAGUCUAUAGAGAAUCUUUCGGAGAAUGUACAUCUCAGUCCGUGUAAGAAAACACCCUGUCUUUUAAGAAAAGGAACUAACCAGCACAUCACUGUACAUUUUACACCAGACAAAGAUAUAUCAGUAGUGAAGAAUCACGUCACAGCUGAGGUAUUUGGAGUACCUCUACCAUUUGUUGGGGUGGACGGUAACUCUAUUUGUGACAAAAUAACAACGGAAGAUGGUGAGAAGGCAUCGUGUCCUUUAAAAGCAGGCACCAAGUACACCUACAAAGAUUCCUUCCCCGUUCUCAGUUUUUACCCAACUAUAUCAGUGAAAGUACACUGGGCACUAAUGGCGGGAAAAAGUGAAUUUAUGUGUUUUGAAAUACCUGUGAAAAUUGUUUAAUUGAUUCAUUUUGUUUAUUUUUAUAUUUUUAUACGACAAUAUAUGGAGAUAGGUACUUUAUAUAAAAAACUACGAGUACUACUACUGGUAUGAGUCUUAAGCUUGUAUCAAAUCCAAAUAAGAAAUUGCGUAGGAACAGCUUUUUCCAAGUAAACAGAUCAGGUGCUAAGGGUAUAAAUAAAGACACAAAUAAAAGAACCUAUUCAUAUAAGUACACAAUAAAUUCCAAUGGAAAUAACUGUAUUA